UUAACAACCCCCAUCAUUACGGGCGGUUGCUUUAACGGGUAUAACUAUCCGACCCGCUUACGUGCCCGAAAUCGCUCGCGGUGCCGUCACCGCACCUCAUCCCCAACCUCCAAUAUAUUUCCAGCAGUCCCAUCACCGCCCCCCAAACCAACGAGCUCAGCUCUGAACCCUCCAAAACCCUAAUCUCGCUCUCCGACGUGUCCGAUGGCCGGAGACUCUUCCGACGCCGCCGAGGUCGAGAAGCUCUACGAGUUCGGCGAGCGCCUUAGCGAAUCCAAGGACAAAUCUCAGAAUGUUAGCGACUACGAGGGGAUUAUAAUGGUGGUGAAGGGCGGGAGCGUGAAGGCGAAGCAGCUGGCGGCGCAGUUGAUCCCGAGGUUCUUCAAGUUCUUCCCUAGCCUCGCCAGCAAGGCAUUGACCGCUCAGUUCGAUCUCGUCGAAGAGGAAGAGCUCGGGGUCAGAGUCCAAGCAAUUCGCGGGCUUCCUCUUCUCUGCAAAGAUAAUUCAGAAGAUGUUUCAAAAAUUGUAGAUGUUCUUGGGCAACUCUUAAUAUAUGAGGAAAAUGUGGAGCGGGAUGCGGUGCAUAAGGCCCUUAUGUCUCUCUUAAGGCAAGAUGUAAAAGCCUCUUUAACAGCUUUGUUAAAGCAUGUGGAGAAUGGUAUAGAGAACAUCCGUGAAAAAGUCAUCUGUUUUCUCAAGGACAAGGUUUUUCCUUUAAAAGCUGAGCUGUUAAAGCCCCAAGUUGAGAUGGAAAGAUAUGUCACUGAUUUAGUGAAGAAAAGCCUGCAAGAUGUAACUGGUGCGGAAUUCAAGUUAUUCAUGGACUUCUUGAAGAGUUUAAGCAUAUUUGGAGAGGGUGCUCCUCCAGACCGCAUUCAAGAACUAAUUGAAAUAAUUGAAGGACAGGCUGACCUUGACGCUCUAUUUAAUGUUGAUGAUAUUGACCACAUUGACAGAUUGACUUCAUGCAUGUACAUGGCUCUUCCAUUUUUCAAGAGAGGUGCAUCAAGCAGCAAGUUCCUCGUUUAUUUCAACAAGCACAUAAUUCCCGUCUUUGAUAAGGUGCUAUUCAUGUCUUAUUAAUAUUUAAGAUAAUGC